CCCCAUGUCUGCUGUCCUGUGCCAGUUCGUCGCAGUUCCUUAUCGUCGAUGCUUCCCUUGUUCCUGUCUUUCCUGCCCAGCCUAGUCCAGCACUGCAGGCGGAGGCUGGUAAAGAGACCCUGUCAUGCGUGAAUACAAGCUUGUGGUGUUGGGCUCUGGUGGUGUGGGCAAGUCAGCUUUGACAGUCCAGUUUGUCCAGGGGAUAUUUGUGGAGAAGUAUGACCCUACAAUUGAAGACUCCUACAGAAAGCAAGUUGAAGUUGAUAGCCAGCAGUGCAUGUUGGAAAUCCUGGACACAGCAGGAACAGAGCAGUUCACAGCCAUGAGGGAUCUGUACAUGAAGAACGGUCAGGGCUUUGCUCUCGUGUACUCAAUUACAGCCCAGUCUACAUUCAAUGACCUGCAGGACUUACGAGAGCAGAUCCUACGAGUAAAGGAUACAGAAGAUGUGCCAAUGAUCCUAGUUGGCAAUAAAUGUGAUCUGGAGGAUGAAAGAGUGGUGGGGAAUGAACAGGGGCAAAAUCUAGCCCGACAAUGGAACAACUGUGCCUUUUUAGAGUCUUCAGCCAAAUCAAAAAUCAACGUCCUUGAUAUCUUUUAUGACUUGGUCAGACAAAUUAACAGGAAAACACCAGUGGAAAAGAAGAAAGCAAAAAAGAAGUCCAAUUGUGUCCUCCUGUAGUGCUAGCGUCUGCUCUGAGUAAGGUCUGACUUGUUUUUUUUUUCGACUC